GUCAUUGACCUGUCAGCAAUGCUCGUACUAUAUUCAUGACCGUGGAUUAGCACCGGUACAUGCUGGCGUAGUUCCACUAACGACAUGAGGCUAAACUCUGGUCUUUGGGUCGUUGGCCUUGAUGCUCGAGGACGGGCUCGCUGACGGCAUUCCGGUCUGGCGUCGGUUCGGCGUGCUCGAGUGCCACCAUUGAUGUCGUUGACUAUGCGUUUGCUGGUUGUUGUAUCCCUAGCUGGGAGAAAUGAUCAUGAGGAAGGCAUAAAACAGAUGUAUUCUUACCUCGUACAAGCGGACGUAAAGCGAGAUGAAGGAGGACUUUGUGCAUUCUCACGCCACGCUUCUUCUUCAACAACCUUCAUGAUACCGAUGCCCCCCUCAGCACCAGACACGAUUGCAAGGAUUGACCAGUUGGAUAACGACAACCUGACUGGCGUCAGCAGAUGGCUGGUUUCUUUGAGUAAGUGCAGUCCAGUUUGUGUAUAUUCAUGUUGCACCCAUACAUGGCUGACCCUCAGCGAGGAAUGUUUACUUGGAAGAAGUUACUCCCUUUUACUAUGACGAGCGAUAUGCAGGAGGGCGACUAUUAGCUUCGAAUCUUAGUGCGUCGUGGUUGUCAGCAUCCUCACCUCUUUCUCAUGAAUAGCAAUAGAAUCGCUGUUCCAUCCAGCAGCGCUACAACUGGACGACAGCGGGAUUU